UCUAGAGAAAACGUGGCCACUGCUAUGGUGCUCUGAAUUAAUAAUUUUUUGACUCGGAACACAUGUUACAAAGACUCAUUGAUGUAAAAUGAGUAUUUCCGUGUUUGCAGAAAAGCGUGAUGAAACAGGGUGUAUCGUAAAGGGUGAAGUUCAGGUUAUGAGUGUGUUAUUAUCUGAAGGUGUGUUUACCUACUGUUAGGGUCCAUAAAAUUUUAACGAGUUUAUUCGCAGAAGCAGGUCUAAGGCCGCUGAUACCACAGAACACAUUGACAGAUGAAAGAUCCAGCUAAUUUUAUGUUCAAGAGUUUUCUAUCGACCACUGACGCAGAACGAGCACAUUUACCCACUAAAACAAUAACGAACUCAAAGAGAUCCGAAUCGGGAGACCCAGUACAAGAGAACCGGAAUCUGUUAACAUCCGUCUUCACAAUGGCUGAUGGAGCCGACGAGGGACGAGACUCAGUGGCGUCAACAUCAGAAAAACACCCGGGUCCGAGCUCAGUAAUCACCGAGCUCCUGGCAACCUGGAGCGAUUUCAAGCUUCUGCAGUUGAUUGACUUCUACCGGGACAGGCUGGAGCAGGCGAUGGAAGGAGUGGUGCACGGAAUGAGCCUGGCGUUAACGUUCGAGAAUCAGUUAACUGAAGAGGAACAUCGGAAAUUCUCUGAUCUCGCUGAUAAGGGAGAGUUAGCGGAUGGUUCUAAACUCCUCCUGAGCCUGGUGAUUGAGAGAGGCUCCCGCGCCCGGAGGGUGAUGUGGGAAUCGUUUGUGAAAAUGCGGAAUGGCGUCCCAAAGUUGGACAAAAUACUUAAAGAAAUACAGGAAUAUGGUUGUGCACCGUACGAGCGAUCAGAUCCCGCUCAAGGUUUACGGGAGAUCCCCAGUGAGCUAAAAGAUGUUCAACAGAAACACAAGGAGACUCUGCGGUUACAAACUGAAACACUGAGAGUGAACACGAUCCUGAUGACGGAGAAGGUGAAUGUUUUCCAGCUGGUUGAUCGAUACGCUGAGCUCACGGUCAUUUCUACUAUUCGUGAUCGGAGACUGGUGGAACACGAGCUGCUGGCGAGAGGCAGAGACCACGAGGAGUGGAGAAAACAACAUCUCCGCAGAGAACUGGAAAAACUCCGGACUGAUCAGUUGUUCCAGAGCAGCUUUUCCCAAAGUAAAUGCAAAUCUGGGAGUUCGGCAGCAUUGGCUGGAGUCCCGGGGAUCGGGAAAACAACAAUGGUGCAAAAGAUUGUUUAUGACUGGGCCACGGGGAAAAUAUACCAACAAUUCCAGUUUGUCUUCAGUUUCAAAUUCAGGGAUUUAAACUCCAUUAACUGCAGAAUAAACCUGAGGGAACUGAUUUUGGAUCAGUAUCCUUACUUUGGGAAUUUCCUGAGAGAGGUUUGGAAAAACCCAAAGGGAUUGCUGUUUAUAUUCGAUGGCUUGGAUGAAUUCAAACAUAAAAUCGAUUUUGCUGACAGUCGGAGAGAUACAGAACCUCAGCACAAGUGCCCAGAUCCCGAGUGGUGGUGUGAAGUGUCGGAUAUUGUGUACAGUUUAAUCCAGCACAAGCUGCUGCCAGGGUGUUCAGUGCUGGUGACCACCCGCCCCACUGCGUUACAUUUAUUAGAAAAGGCAGAAAUCAAUGUCUGGGCUGAAAUCCUGGGAUUUGUCGAUGAAGAACGGAAGGGAUAUUUCAUCAGGCAUUUUGAAGAUAAGACGGUAGCAGAAGCUGUUUUCAAACACGUGGAGGAGAACAAGAUCCUGUACACCAUGAGCUACAACCCCUCCUACUGCUGGAUCCUCGCUCUGGCACUGGGACCCUUCUUCGCAAAAAGAGACAGGGACCCACAGCGAAUUCCCAAGACCAUAACCCAACUCUAUUCCUACUAUAUUUACAACAUCCUGAAAAACCACGGCCGUGAGAUCGAGAACCCCCAUGAUGUGUUACUCAGGGUUGGUCAGAUGGCCUUCAGAGGUGUGUUUGACAAGAAGAUUGUAUUUACAAAUGGAGAUUUAAUCAACUACAAUCUGAAGCCUUCCCAGUUCUUGUCUGGGUUCUUGAUGGAGCUUUUGGAGAGAGAGGAUGCUCCCCGAUGUGUGGUGUACACAUUCCCACACCUCACCAUCCAGGAGUUUGUAGCGGCAGUCGCACAGUUCCUGAAUCCGCAUCCCGGGGAUAUCCUGAAAUUCCUCACUGAAGCCCACAACACUACAGAUGGCCGAUUUGAGGUGUUUCUCCGUUUUGUUGCUGGCCUCUCCUCUCCCAUGACAGCUCGGGGCCUGGAGGAGUUUCUGGGACCAUUUCCCCGUCAAACAACCUGCCGGGUGAUUGACUGGGUGAGGGAGGAGGUUAAACGUCAGAGUGGAAACACGAGGAGUGAAGCUGGUAAAAGGAGCCUCCUGAACACACUGCACUACCUGUUUGAGUCUCAGAAUCGUGGGCUGGCUCAGGCCGCACUGGAAUCUGUGGAAACACUUUCAUUCAGUAGAAUGACACUGACCCCGAUUGACUGCGCGGUCCUGUCUCAUGUCAUCGGACUCUGUGAUACGAUAAAACAUAUCGACCUAAUUGGCUGCCACAUUCAGUGUGAAGGAAUCCAGCGGCUGGUACCUGGGCUGCACAAAUGCCAGGAGUUGGGGCUGAGCAAUGUCGGUCUCACAGAUUCUGGUGCCGAGCAUCUUGCCUCCGCUCUCAGUACAAACCCUUCACUGACGGAGCUGAACCUGAAUGAAAAUGAACUAGGAGAUUCAGGGGUGAAACUGGUGUCUGAGGCUCUGACAAACUCGGAGUGUAAAAUGCAGAAACUGUGGUUGUACAAGGUCGGUCUCACUGAUGCUGGUGUCGAUGAUCUCGUCUCCGCUCUCAGUGCAACCCAUUCACUGGCAGAGCUGGAUCUAGGAUCAAACUCGCUCACAGAUCAAUCUGUCCCCGCUCUUCGCCGCCUCAUACUGGCCCUCCUGAGUCUGGAGCGGAUCUGGCUGUGGAACAAUCGGAUCAGUUGGACCGGGGAAGAGGAACUGAAGUCUCUGCAGGAGCUCAGAUCCGGACUGAGUCUGAUACUGUGAACAUCUGAAUGUGUGCACAUCCCCACCCACAGUUUGACAGACUCUCCGCCCACCCCCUCCCCCGCGCCUUUAAUGGCCGCGUGACAGAUUUAAUUCCCAAAGUUUCUAACGGAUCCCGUCUCCAGCAGCGCGCUCUGUGACGUCAGAGUCAGUUCCAGAGGACGUAAUUCCACCUCCGGAUCAGCGGAACUGCGUCCGAUGUAUGUUCAGUUCGGAGAGCUCCCCCAAGCGAUGCCCUGGGUAAUUACACAGACAGUAAGAGCCCGGAGGCAGUGCUCAUGGGACACCAGUCCCGGGAUGGGGUAAUCCGGGGAGUGAAUCCUUUUGCUCACUUUGCUGAGGACGGUACAUUCCGCAGUGUGGCCGAAAUAAUAAUGUUAAAUUGACAAAUACCCGCAACCUCAAAUUGAAAAACAAACUGUAGCCACAUGUCCUGCAGAAUUAUCCCCAUCUGAUCUUAAAUUCAUGGCCCGUUCUACUUGAAAUUUCAACCCUGAAGAAAAGAUACUGUCUGUCUUGUAUAUCUGUGCCGCUCAUAAACUCAGAAACAUCAGUCAGAUCUACUCUCAGCCUCCUCCGCUCUAGAAAAAAACAGUCGCAGUUUGUCUAAACUCCCGUCAUCGCGCAUGCCCUCUAAUCCAGGUAGCAUCCUGGUUAAUGUUUUCAGUAUCCUCUACAAAGACUCGACAUCCUUCCUCUAGUGGGGCCACCAGAGUAAAUGCAUUACUCCGGGUGCGACCACACUUUGUUAAGCUCUCCACCUUUCUUGUAAUACCAUGAGCACUUACCUUAUUAAGCAGCCUUAUGUGCCGCACCUUAUCAAAUGUCUUCUGCAAAUCCAAAUAAACAAUAACCACUAACUCUC